AUGGGGAAAGUCAAGUGGGACGCCAUCGCUGACCAGACUCUCCUCGCCACUAUCGUCGAGACUCAUCACUUGAGUGUCGAUGCUGCCAAGGUCGCCGAAGCCUGGCCCACCCAAGACGAAGACCACCGGCCAACACCUCGUGCUAUCAAGGAAAGAUUACACAAAAUUCGUGAACUUAACCGCGCUCGGAACCCUGAUGCCGCCAUCUCUGGACCCUCUAGCCCAGCAACUCCCAAGAAACGCACUCCACGAAAGAAGAGUGAUGAAACUUCCACUACUGCUGGCCCUUCCCGCAAGCGUAAGCGGACGGACGACGCUGCCGACGAAGAAAAAGCGUCCGAUACCAAGGAAGAGGGUGAUGUGACCGCAGAACACGGCGAGCCUUUUGUUGAGUCCCCCGCCAUGGAAGAAACGGCCCUGGAGCAUAUCGAUUCCGGCCUUCACCCAAAGAUCAAGCAAGAAUCGCCCGAUUUCGACAAUGAAGAGGGUGAUGCUGAUUGGACUGCCGAAAACGAGAACUCCGACACUGAUUCUGACCAGCUACUCAAGUAG